AUGCCUCCUUCAAAGCAAUUAAAGCAAAUAACACGAAAAGGAGCCACAAUUCUCUAUGAUUCUUUUGUUGUUCCAACCUUAACACGUCAUGAGAAAGCUAUUGACAAAGCAUUAGGAGUGGCACAAGAACAAGCAACAAAUAAGGGGAUAGAAUUAAGCAAAGAAGGAAUAGCUAAGUUGUACCAAAUAGCUGCUGAGG